AUGCUAGAUUGCCGCCCAGCCCCCACUCCCUUGUCGUCCUCCUCCAAGCUACUCCUCGUCGAUGACUCGCCUCCCACUGACCUCUCCUUAUACAAACAUGAUGUUGGGCCCCUGCAAUACUUGCUUUGCACCCAUCCCGAUAUAGCAUUCGCCGUCAACAAGCUCUCUCAAUUUAUGCAUGCCCCUACUCAACUUCAUUGGCAACAUAUCAAGCGUCUGUUUUGCUACUUAAAGGGCACCUCCCACCUCGGUCUUCGUCUCGACUCCGCCUCUACUCCAUCCCUUGUUGUCUUCGCUGACUCAAAUUGGGCCGGUGAUCCUAAUGAUCGCACUUCGACGAUGGUCUUCCUUGUCUACUAUGGCAGUAAUCUCAUCUCCUGGAAGUCCAAGAAACAACGCUCCGUUGCUCGCUCAAGCACCAAAGCAGAGUAUUGUGCUCUCGCUCAUGUCACGUCAGAGCUUCUUUGGAUUCAGAAUCUACUUCGUGAGCUCCAUCACCCAGUUCCGUUCGUCCCGACUAUCUACUGCGACAACCUCGGCGCCGUCACCUUCUCUGCCAACCCCAUUCACCACUCGCGCAUAAAGCAUCUCGCCCUUGAUUACUUGUUUGUCUGGGAUCUUGUGCAGUCGAGUUCAGCAUGUCCCCAUGACAUACCAGCUGGCCGACUCCUUGACAAAGCCACUGCCCAUCACUCGCUUUCAGCUUCUUCGCUCCAAGAUUGGUGUCGUACCCGCCACCAUCUUGCGGGGGCGUGA